UCUUCAAAAAAGGUUCCGGUAUAAAGGGGGCGGAGCCGUCAGUAGCUGUAGUGUAAACAGUUAACCGUUAGCCUCUGUAGCUAACAUUUUGGAAAAAAUUGGGCUUACAGUGAGUGGGUUUGCACGCGGAAUGGCUUCCCUCCGCCCCCUCUCCUCUCUGCGUCUCCUCGUCCCGCCUCUCCGCCUGCUAACAGCGGCGAUGUGGCAGGUCGCACGGCACGAAAUGGUGAAGCAUUAUGGGAUGCUGGAGGACUUUGUUUCCCUGGUGACUGAGGCCGUCCCGCAACUGCUGACGGACAGACAGAGGUGUCUGCUGCUGCUGGCUCUGAGGGCAAAGGUCACGUUGUCAGAACCAAAAUCAGCUGCCAUCCAUUCCCACCUAGACAGGAUCCACUCUGAGGCAACGCAGCUGGAUGAAGAUGUAAGCGAAUGCUGGUCUGCUUUGUUGACGCUCACCGACAAAUUGACAAAGAGUCCAGACAAUUCUCAACGCCUCCUACAGGAGGUGUUUGACCAGAGGUUUGACUCCGCCCUCCAGUCCCUCAUAUCUGACUUCCUGUCCAGGAUCGAGCAGCUCUUUCCUGUUCCCAACUUCAAACAGGCUGCCUCCUGGUUCGAUGCUGCCCCCUCUGGGCUGGAGGACUGUCUGCAGAAGGCAGACAAGGAUGAUCUGAGGGAGCUGCUGACCAAUCAGAGCUGUUUACAGGGACAGGCACUGGCGACAGUGGGUUGUGAUACAGAGGAGACCCUCCUGUCUGUGUGGUCCCACCCCCUUUUCACUAAAUUGAUCAAUCCCAACCCUCCUCCACCUGAAACGGAGAUCCAAUCAGAUGUGCUACCUGAGGUUAGUAGCCCCUUGCAGCUGGACGUGGAGCUGGUGAAGGUGGAGGUGGUGGUGAUAACAGAGGACGAGCAGGAAGAGAUCGAGGAGACUGUGAUUGGUUCAGAGCUGGAGGCGUCCAAUGAGAGCUCGGCAGCAGUUGGCAAUGAAUGUGCAGUCACACCUGUGGUUGUGGAGGUGGACAGGUUGAGGGACUCAUGUGGAGACAUUAUCAACCAAUCAGAAGACACAGAUCUCUCCUGCUCAGAGGUCACAGCUAAUGCUCUGCACAGCAUUUCCCACAAUUCCCAGCGUGUGGCUCACAAGUGUCCUCAGUGUGGCAAAUGUUUCAUCUACCGCUCACAGGUGAUCCGACACCUGCGCACCAACAGGUCCUGCGGUUUGGCCUUAACGACAUCCGUGCUCGAACAGACUCAACCUGGCGGUGCUGACAAAGAGCCCCGCCUCCCUCAGAACAGCCCCCCUCCCCGUCCUGUCAGGUCUCUGUCCUGCUUCCAGUGCAACGCCAUGUUCAAGACCAAAGCCGAGCUGCUGUCGCACCAGCGCACACACCGGGCACGCCCCAUCUACCACUGCGUCCAGUGCGACAAGGAGUUCCACCAUCUAUCCAGCCUGACCAAUCACAAGCAGACACACCUGGACAAGGGAGGCUUCACCUGCAGCCGGUGUAACAAGGUGUUCGAGUCGGCCAAGGAGAGGGACGCCCAUCGGCUGCAGCACCGGCUGCCCGACCUCACCUGCACAAUGUGUGAUCAGACAUUCAGCUCACAGACGCGGCUGCUGCGACACCUGCAGACGCACUCGGUGGAGGGGGCAAAGCUCCGCUACAACUGCCGCUUCUGUGACCAGACCUUCUCAGGGGUGACCCAGCUUCGUAUCCACCAGCGCACACACACCUUCCGCUCGUACCAGUGCGACCUGUGCAGCAAGACAUACGGCUCGCUCACCGGCCUGCAGUCCCACCGGGCGACCCACACCGCUGAGAGCCGCUUCCUGUGCUCACAGUGCGGCAAGCGCUUCAAGACCCGCGACGGCCUGGAGGGCCACCUGAGGACACACACUGGGGAGCGGCCCUACCGCUGCCCCUACUGCUCCAAAGACUUCACCGCACUCGCCGGCCUCAACGUGCACGUGCGGCGGCACACCGGGGAGCGGCCGUACGUGUGCACGGUGUGCGGUAAAGGCUGGCCGUCCGGUGGUGACCUCCAGAAACACAUGAGGACGCACACGGGCGAGCGGCCCUAUGUCUGCCAGGACUGCGGGAAGGCCUUCUCCAUUUCCUGUCACCUGACUGAACACCGGAGGAUACACACAGGAGAGAAGCCGUUCUCGUGUCCGGAGUGCGGGAAAUGUUUACGGAGGAAGUUUGACCUGAAGAAACACAUGUUGUCCCACAGCAACAUCCGUCCCUAUGCCUGCACCUUCUGCACCAAGAGCUACACCCGCAAAACUCACCUGAACAGACACCUGCUCACACACCGGACUGCCGACGGCGAGGUGGCGGCAGUGCAGGUGGCCGAGGAACCCUGAGGAUGUGCUUAAAUCAGAACUGUGCGCGUUGUACGAGUUUCAUGCGUUCAUUCCUGCAGUGAGUGAAUCGAUCGCAGAUUCCUGAGUCUGAGUCGACUUGUGGUGAUGCAGUUUGAGGUGGGAGCUGGUGAUCAAUGUGGAUCUGAUUUACAGGCAAAACUAACAGCUGGAAACAACAGAAAGCAGUUCUGCAACUUCAGCUGAUGAAGCGAGUUUGAUCAUUAAUUCACGAAUCAAAGAAACUUUAUUUUGAAUGUUUAUGAAUAUUUUAUUUGUAUUUUUUUAACACUUAAAACAUAUUUUACUGAUGUGUUUUUAUUGACAUGCUUUCAUUUACGUUUUUCUUACAUUCAAACAUUUUUAUUUUACUAUAAAUGGAAAAAAAUCUUCCAAUGUAUGAAAAAUGUAAAUGACAACACAAUCGACUGCUUACCUGAAUACACCAGGUCAAAAAUCAAUUAAAGUUGAAAACACAUAAGUAUUAUUUCAUAAAAGUAUUAAUUAAUUAUUAAAAAACAGUAAUUAGAUAAUCAUACUCAAGAUUUAUAGAAACUUUAAAAAUAAAGAAUAAAGUUGUUAAUUUUUUAUACUAGACUAAAAAAGAUUUAUUGCAUAAAUUUAGUCAAAACAGUUGAAAUAAUAAAAAAUAAAUAAAUACUAAUUAAUAACAAUGAGCAUAAUAAAUAUUUUACAUGACAUAUUUAUUUUUCAUAUUUUGUGAAUGACAUGAAAUAUAAAAGUAAAUUUUCACUCUUAAAUCUCGACUAAGUUAGCAAAAAUGUCAGUAAUGUAUAAAUAAAUAUUAAAGGAUAAAUUUUUUUUUUAAUGGUUGAAAAGGUAAAUAUAAAAUGUAUGGAACAUAGUAAAUUUUUAACAUUGCAGGUAAAAACUUGAUUCAUUCAAAUUCAGUAUCGAUAAAGUAAAUUUUCUGGUCUCUCAUUUUGUAUUGAAACUAAAUUUCACUCAGUUUCCAGCUGUUGGUCAAAAAACGUCAGAUUUUUCUAACGUUUUACAAAGAAAAUUCAAAUAUUUGCCACUCAGUUCACAGCUGCAUCACCGCAUGCUUUACUGAUGAGCAGUAAAGCUGAAUACGCUGUCCUGUUAGUGGAGUAAGUCCAGGGUCCGUUGCUUCAGUUGCUGUUGGUAGUAAAAAUAAUGAAUGACUGUUUUAUUGUACAGUGACACGUUACGUUACUACAUCACUAAUCUGUUAGUUUCACACUGGUGGGACGUGCUUACACCAAUAGGAUAAUACAAGGCCAUUUUUCUUUUCAUGAUUUUGACUUAAAAAGAUGUUAAAGUGUUAUUUUGGUGAUCUUAAACGUGACCCGGUGAACCCUGCAGACCCCGAGGUCGACUGGAGCACUUUAAUGUUUACUCUGCUGUGAAACAAAGUGUUUAAUCAAUUUGUGUCACUGACUCUGUUUACAUGUACAAAAAUUGUUCCAGCCUUUGUCCUUAAUCUGAAAUAUACACCAAACUACAAACCUCUUUGUUUGUCUAUCUGUAUGUGGUAUUAUUAUGUGGUAUAACAAGAUCAACCCAAACAAGUUUUUAAAGUUUUCAGCUGUCUGAACUCCUUUUCGCCUUCAUUUUACAGUCCUCCAACAGUCUUCUUGGAAAGUUCAGUUUUUCAUAUUUAUACAAAAAAUCAUCUGUUUUGUAUUGUGCUAUAACUCUAGUUGAGCACAGCAAGGAACGGGGCUCCACCUUGUGGCACUUUUCAGCAAUUGUGCUCUACUUAGUUAAAUUAUAAAGAAUGGAGAUAACUAAAUCGGGGAAAUUAAACAACCAAAAUCUUGUCUUCUCACCCAAAACAGUUAGCCUCUAAGGCAGGAAUAGCCACACAAUCUGAAACACCAAAUCUGAGUCUAAAUAACAGAGCAUCUGCAAUGGGUCCCUCAUCCUGCCAACAGAUUUUAACUCCCAUCAUCUUGGACUGCAGCUUGCGAUGCAGGUUUGUGAGGAGCUUCUCCACCUCUGUCAGGCUCUGAUCUUCAGCUGCAUUCCCAGAUGUUGGAGUUUUAGUCCAUCCAGCUGCAGACUAAGGAGACCUUUUGGCCUUUAUCUGGGAAAUAGUGGAAGGAACCACAAGUUUAUUAAUCUACCUCUUAGAGUUCCUUAACAGUUAAUAGCCCACUGGUGCUCAGGAUAAUGUAAAGUUGAGGUCAUCUCUGGGCUUGGAUUUGGUGGUUGGUUUGUAUCGCUGCUGUAACUGUAAUGCUUUAAAUUGAACUUUGGUUAACAGAUCUAGAGUAGCACUGCUGGAGAAACUUGGUGAAGUCAAAGAGACCAUGAAAAUGGCUCAACAGAUGAAGAUGAUUCAGGAGUAAACAAACAUAAUGAGAACACUUUAGAGCCUCUGUCAUGUAUAUAUAAACAGUACAGGGAUGUACAGUGCAGCUAUAACCUCUGUUUAAGUUAACUGUUAAUCUGUUGGCUGGUAGCUACAAACUUCUGGAAAAAUCUCCAGAGGAACUCCUAAGAUCACGUUGGCUUAUUUGGUUAAAUGGUCAGAAUGGGAAAUUCACAGAGUUGUGCUCAGUUUACACAGCGUCAUUGCCUUAAUAAAUUACAGUAUUAUCAACAUAUCCCACAUGUGUAAUGUCUUUGUAAUAAAUCCUGGUUUAGAAUAUGUUGUUUAUCAGAAUAGUAAUGGACUAUGAGGCCAUGCCUGCCACUGUAGUGACUGCUGUGACCUUAAAUGUAAAGAUGGCUGUUUGUGCUAUCUUGUUUGUAUCUGAGCGUGAACUUUGACCUCCUUGUGCCGGUUUGAUUUUUUUAAUCUUUGUUCAUAUAAAAGCUGCUCUGAUGGGA